AUGACUUACAGAAAUCAAACUUUGGUCACUCAAUUUUUUUUCAUGGGAUUAACAAAUCACUUCCAGUACCAGGUUAUUCUCUUUACGGUAUUUCUCUUUGUUUAUCUUGUCAUCCUUCUGGGGAACUUGGGGAUGAUCACUCUCAUUUGGAUGGAUUCCCGACUCCACACCCCCAUGUACUUUUUUCUCAGCCACUUGUCCUUUGUGGAUGUCUGCUCCUCUUCUGUCACAGGUCCCAAGAUGUUGACUGAUAUCUUCAUGGACAAAAAUGUAAUCUCUUUCUUUGGUUGUGCUGCCCAGUCAUGGUUUUUUGGUCAUUUUGUAGUAACUGAAUGUUUCCUUCUGGCUGCCAUGGCACAUGACCGGUAUAUGGCCAUCUGUAAGCCCUUGUUGUACACACUCAUUAUGUCCCAGCAGGGGUAUGUCCACCUAGUGGUGGGGCCUUAUGCCAUGGGCCUUAUUAGCACCUUGACCCAUACGACUUUCACCUUCCGCCUACCCUAUUGCAGUCCAAAUAUCGUUAAUCACUUCUUCUGCGACCUUCUUCCUGUUCUCUCUCUGGCAUGUGCAGACAUCCAUGUCAAUAAAUUCACUCUUGCUGGAGCCCUGGGAGUGCUUGGUGGUGUGAUCAUCUUGGUCUCCUACAUUUACAUUGUCAAGGCCAUCCAGAUCCACUCUGCUGAUGGGAGGCACAAAGCCUUUUCUACCUGCUCUUCCCAUCUGACAGCUGUCUCCAUCCUUUAUGGGACACUCUUCUUUAUCUAUGUACGUCCAAGCUCUAGUUUCUCUCUGGACAUCAAUAAAGUGUUGCCUGUGUGUGUUUCUUCCGCUGAAGCAAGAGAAGAGGAGAUGAGCAUGGAUGAAAAUCCAGUAGCAUUUUACGGUGUGUCUGUGUUUGUUAGGAUUAUUCAGUUGAGGGAACAUCUUCCCGAUGAUACUGGUAUUGGAAAAGAGUUAGGUGACUGA